UUAGGCCAUACACUACACCGCGUGAUGUCACUCAUAGCGACCAAAUAACGCUGUGUUGCCAAGUCUCUCGGACACACAAUAACAACCGGUUGAAUGCAUAGUGUGUGUGCUCGCAUAUUACGUGUACAACACAUGCAAAAUCGUGAAGAAAUUUGGAACCGAAUGCAAUAGGAGCGCAAGCAACACAUGAGAUAAAAACCUUCUCGGACUAAGCUUUGGUGGAAGAAUAACGAAUUCAAGUGAUAUUUCAGUGAUACAAUGUCUUUACCAUUUUUACCAGGAAAUUCCUUCAACCCAAGGUUGGGGAGAGAUAAAUUCCACAAGUCACAGCACUUUGACUACAGCAAUGAAGUGCCCAUGUUGGUCGGAGGACACAAGCCUGGCAUCGGAGGAGACAAACUCCUGGGACAGACAUCUCAGCCCCAGACGAGCAACAUACCCCUUGGCCAAGGCAACGCUUCCCCAGCCUGGGUGGCAUUCGACAAGCAGGUCCUGCAUUUCGAUGCCUUCUUCCAGGAAGCCGUCCAUGAGAUGAGACAGCAGUAUCGCAUAAGGAAGUGCAAGAUCUACUUCUACCUGGAAGACGAUUCCAUUCAGGUCAUUGAACCUCUGGUUGAGAACAGCGGCAUCCCACAAGGAACCCUGAUUAGGCGGCACCGCAUUCCCCUCCCACCCCCCAACGAUGACCAGUUCUACACGGUGGAACACUUCAACGUCGAUCAGGAGAUCACACUCUACGGACGAACAUUCAAGAUCACCGGCUGCGAUCAGUUCACGUACAACUUCCUCAAGAAACUCGGAGUUCGCAUCAAGGCGCCCGCUGAAACACCAAAAGAUCCCUAUACCGGUUUCAGGAAAGGCAUGGAUGAAGCCCAACAGCCGUUACGGCCAUACGAGAAGGUCGACACGCUCAAGCAGUUCCUGGACCACGACCGCCACGUGCUGCGUUUCCUGUGCUUCUGGGACGACCGUGACAACAUGUUCGGUGACCUGCGAGAGUUCUACCUCCACUACUUCCUGGCAGACGACACCAUCGAGAUCAAGGAGAUCAUCCAGCCCAACGCGGGCCGCGACAAGACCCCCAUGUUCUUGAGGAGAGGGCGCAUGUCAAAGAUAUCCCCUGAAUCCCUGAGACAGCCCGGCGAGAUCACGGGCAGGACCGUACUCAACGUCUUUGGACCUACUGGUCACGGAGGGAGGUACAUUCUAGACAGUUUGAAGACCGGAGCUGUUCACUCUGAAUUUUACAUGGAGAAUGACCUGACGAUCGGCAGCACCAUCAACGCCAACGGACGUUGGCUGACUCUGGCCGACUGCGACGAUUUCACCAAGGAAUACUACAAGCAGAAAUACGGUGUCAAUGACUACAGUCCAGUUAACUACAGGAAUGAUCCGGCAGGAGCUAAUAAGCGUCACUGGCCUCCGUACACAGGCUUCGGCUCUGAGGAGGACUCCCUCUGCUCCUGCAUGGGGCUCCUGCCAAAGCCUCCACGUCGAGACUUCAUCAAAUUCAUGGAGAAGGACAGGCAUGGGCUGGAUAGCAACGUUAUUCGUUUUGUUGCUCGUCUUGACACCACCAAACCGAUCGACGUCGAUCGCCGCUUCAUCAUCUCAUACUUCUUGUCUGACGACACCGUCGCUGUCUUUGAGCCUCCUGAAAGGAACUCUGGCAUCAUUGGAGGCAAGUUCCUGGAGCGUGGCCGCAUCAAGAAGCCCAACCAAGCCAGGUUCGGAACGGAACUCUCCGAUUACUUCACUGCCAGGGAUCUCUACGUUGGUAGUCGUCUCAAUUUCCAUAGCUUCUUCUUCGUCCUUAUCGAUGCGGACGAGUACGCAUUCAGAUACAUGGAGAAGCACGCAGAAGAGUUUCCCAUGUCAAACAUUGGCUUCAUCUCUCAGAAGAUUAGUACCAUCGCUUCGCAACACAAGGAGAAGAUCAAGGAGUUCCUCAACCGCAACGAUCCCAGCAAUUCGGGCCAUCUGGAAUUUGAUCUGUUCAGGAACCUGCUAGUACAGCUAGGAGGAAGCCAGCUAUCAGAGCACGAGAUCAUCGUGCUCGCUCGGUACUACAGCGAUACCCAGGACGUGAAGCUGAGCGUGGAGACGCUGGUGUCCAUCGUCCAGGAGCAGCUGAAGAAGAACAGCUUUGAGAACUUUACCAAGCUCCUGGAAGGCUUCCUGCAGCACGACACAGAUAAGAGUGGUUACCUUGACGGGGCCUUGGUCCGCAGCACCUGCAAUGCUUUCCAUCUGCCGCUCCCUGAUGACCUCCUUAGAGCACUCAUCUCAAGACUUGAAGCAAACGAAGAUGGUCUCGUCAACUACAACGCCCUCGUCACUUAUCUGAACUGGCGUGACCACCCAAUGACCACCGCUCAGUACGUCGCACCGCCAGCCAACUUUGAUGAGUCGUGGACCGGCAAGGACAACGGCGACCGCGUAAAGAGGGUCAACUACAUCGCUCUGCUCCAGUCAAUUUUCCCAGACAUGUAAAAAAAAAAAAAGGACUAUUUGACACCUUAUUGUCACUGAACAGAGUAUCUAAGACUUGCACCCUUUUGAUGAUCCUGUCCUUAGCUUGUUGCAUGGAAUGUCAAUACCGGUUUAGAUAGUUUGCUGAAGAUUUCAAUAUUUACAUUUGGAAAAGUAGCAUAUGUUGUGCAUUACUUUGGUUGAAGGAGGCAAGAUAGAACACGAUGUAAAAGAGAAGGGGAAUUCACUUUUUCUUGGGUUAUUGUGACAAUACAUGUAGCACACUUUUUAAUCAAGCUGAGAAGGAAAGCCAAUAUAGACUAAUACAGAUAGCCGAACAUAUUCUUACGAGAAGAAAAAAUAUAUUCAAAAGAGUUUUUUCAUUUACCAUGAAUUUUAACCAUGGAUAUAAUCACUUGAAUUUUUAUGCUCCAUUGUUGCCUUUGAUUAACUUUUCGCAACGAGUUGCUGGAAUUUUUUCUCAACUGAUCCGUCCUUCUAGAAGCCGUUAUGCAUUAUAGUAUUCAUAGAAAUCUUAUACAUUCCGUCUAUGCACCUCAUACUUAAUAUUUGAUUAACUUUGAUUAACAUUUCGCAGCAUACGAGUUCAAGGAGAUGCUUAAAAUUUGUCUGUACUGAUCCGUCCAAGAGCCUUUAUGCAUUUGUAGUAUUCAUAGACCUCUUAUACCAUCCACCUAUGCACUUUCAAUUUACUAUGCGAUUAGAAAACAGAAACACUUGAAAUAAAUACUGAUUGCACUCUACACCUUAUCAACCUGCCAGGUAUAUUUUUGCGUCCAACGUCUUCAGUAUUGCACCAAUCGCUGAACAGAUUUCUCAAAUUAUUUGAUACACUUUGUGUGAAGAAUGUCAUUAAGUGUCUUGAAUUUUCGAGUUGAUUUGAAUAUAUUACGUGUCUUAACGACCAUCCGUCUCAUAUGUACUAUAUGCACCUAACAUAGAAUUAGGUGAACGCGAUAUUCUUCUAUAAGAGCUGUAAAUAUGUCUAUAAAAAGAUUUUUUUCUGUGUGUAUUAUAUGUGAAGAAUUGAUACUGCAUUUAUGAUCAUGUCUUAAUGUAUUUAUUUUCAGAUAUCGAACCAUAUUUUGGUAUAUGAUUCAGUUUGAUGUUAUAACUUAAAUUAGAUUAAAUUUUGUUCCCCCAAGAAUCUAUUAUCAAAUUCAAUAUAGAAGUUGGAACCCUUUGAGAAAGAGCAAUUAUUAUGAAUGGAUUAUUUUUAAAUGUUUUAAUCUAUAUAUAUACUUGUGUACAAAGGAAUAUGAAACAAAUAAAGAGCAUUUCAAAAGACAGAAA